GUCUGUGCGUGGUUUUCUUUACCUUUUUCCGCACGCCAAUAGUUUGUCGAUGUGUUCUAGGAUAGUAGAAUAAUGAAACCUAGCUUAUGCUACACCUACUGCACGCUGUUACUGGUAUCGCUCGUGUCCAGUUGCACGCUGUUCAUCAUAGUGGCCUCAGAGACGCUGAAGCCAACUGGUGACGAUCAGCUGCAGCAGCACGGUGUCAGAUCGCACGAAGCGGCUCCCCAUGGUCAACAUCACCCGGUACAGUCCGGUACAGUUGGUUCCAAUACGCCUCCAAACGGUGCAGACAAAGGUUCGAAUGUGGCUUCCUACAAGCGAGUAAUAUCCAGCGGGAUCGAACCAUCAUCCAGCCAUUUAAGGACUAAAACCAGUUCACCUGAGCAUGGAAUCGAUCCGACAGGUGCACAAGGGCAUACACUUAAGGUGCGACCGCUUAAAAAGCCAUCCCGAGGUAAAACGGGUAAAAAUACGCUUAAGAAAGAUAUCUUGACGGAGAAGCCAACCCAUCAGCAGCAGCAGCAGGAGGAACCACCCGAUCUUAAGGAUGUGAUAUUUUUAGACACCAUCUCCAAAAAUGUUGGCGUCACCAACAGUGGGUUACAAGACAUUCCAGGACCACCAUCGAUAAUCACCCUGGUGGACAAUCAGCACAAUGAGCUGAACAAUAUCGAGAGCAAGUUGGAGGAAAACUUGGAGGCAACACUAAAGAAUCUGUCGCACAACAAUAUACACACUGUGCAAACAACCGUUCCACUACGCGAUGCUGAUCACCAUCAGCAGUUGGUUGAUGUUUCGGCUGCAGUUGACGAGGAUCCAAAUAAUGGUACGGUCGAAGAACUCCCGGUUGAACAGGCUAAAGAGAACGAACAGCCGUUACUGGUGAUGAUCCCAACGAAGGAUCCGGCUGAAGAUUCAACAGAAUCGACACUUGAACAGCCGUCGCCGGGUGAUUCUUCGGCGGCACAAGACGUACCGGCUGAAGCACACCCCGCAGCGUCCGAUACAGUAGCCGUUGUGCCACCAAAGCAGCUCGAGGUGAACCUAACCGAAGAAAACCCGAUGCCAGUGUUUAGCGAGUGGGCACAAAAACAAAUGGCCGAAGCGGAGAAAAAGUUGGGCGAGGUCGUGAAUGCCUCCGCCAUGAAGAAAGGCACAAAACCGGCCGGUAGUAAGGCGGGCGGUGGCGCAAUGAAGCUACGGGCGAAGAAUUAUGCUGCACCGGAGUGUGGGGCAAAGAUUAUAGCAUCUAAUCCGGAAGCGCAAAGUACGGGCUCGGUACUUACUGCUCCGAAGGAUGAAUAUCUGCUAAAUCCGUGUACGAGUAAGAUUUGGUUCGUGGUGGAACUGUGCGAACCGGUACAGGCGGAACGGAUUGAGCUGGCAAAUUUUGAACUGUUUUCAUCGUCACCUAAAGAAUUCAGCGUUUCGGUGAGCAAUCGAUUUCCGACACGUGAUUGGGCCAACGUGGGACAGUUUACGGCGAAGGAUGAAAGAGAUGUGCAGAGCUUUCAGCUACAUCCGCAUCUGUUUGGGAAGUUUGUGCGGGUAGAGAUAUUGUCGCACUACAAUCAGGAACAUUUCUGUCCGGUAUCGCUAUUUCGCGUUUAUGGUACGUCGGAGUUUGAAGCGUUUGAAACCGACAACACACCGUUGCAGCCGGAAGAUGACGAUGAUGACGAGGAGCUGGUUGGAUUGGGAAACGGUGUAGUGAGUAAAAAUCUGUUGCAGACGGGUAAAGGAGGCAUCAAUGAAGAAGGAGGAAGAGUCAUUACAGAGGAAAACUCUAUAGCAUCUCAAGGAGGCAAGCUGUUUGAAGACGGAUCUUUGGAGAAACUUGGGCAUGAUGGCUCGAUCGGUCGAAAGGGUGGUAAGAACCCGAACAAUAUCCUAAAAUCUGCCGGUGAGGUGGUAAUGAAUAUGGUUAAGAAAGCCGCCGAAGCCCUCGGUAAGAGUGGGAACGAUAGUAACGAUUCGGUGAUUGGAGGCACCCCAACGCAACGGGCACCGUCAAGAGAAGGAAGCAUUUCGGUCACAAGUGUACCGACGAACCUGCCAGCAGCAUCAUCAACAUCUUCAUCAUCAUCACCCUGUGUUACACUAGCUUAUACGUUACGUUGCGUUAACUGCACCGACCAUUUUCGGGCUCGGCUUGAGUCCUUGAUGAAUUGCAAACACAAUCUUCUCACUAGUCUACUAGGAGUGGCGCGCAUCGAACGGUCGUUCGAUUCCGCCCAGCAUUUUCUAUGUGCCAACGUGUUAGGAUUUAACUUACCGCGAUCGAAACAGGGCGAGGGUGGUUACGGUGGCCAGAGCGAGAUGCUGUCACCAACGGUUUGCCUAAAUAUGCGCUACAGUGUGCUUAAUCUGUUGCCGGAUGAGCUGGUGGCCGGGCUGUGCAAUAUUGUGGCAUUUGAUCUGAAACUCAUAACGAAGUCACAGCACGAUGGGAUCGAAAAGGAGCAGAGAAUAAUGGAAGGAACGGAUGUAAAAAUGAAUGAAAAUGGUAAUUCAUUUGAAAAUGCGCGUGAUGAUGAUGGUGCCAAAAAUCUAGCUAAUCAGCAACACGAGGAACAAGCAUCUACGCCAGGAAAAUUAGCCGUCGAUGUUAAUAUUACACCAAAAACCAAUGAAAAUGAACGAACAUUAGAACAACUUGGGCAAGAUACGGAAAAUGAUGGUAAAGAAACUGUGGUAACUGCUUCAGACGGUGAAAGUGAGCCAACUUUGUCCGAAAAUGAUUCCAAAGAGGAUGUGAACAUGUUCAACAUUGCUACCGAACCGCCGGCAUCUACUGCUACUACUGCACCGGAAACAACAGAACGUGAUGAAGCACCACCAACAGUAGAAGGAACUAAAGAGCAUGAUCACCAACAAGAGCAUCGCGAAAAAGAAGACUACGCCAACAAUCACCAUUGGGAAACGAUUGACGAUGGACUGCCGUCGGAAAUGGCCGGAACGGGUCCUUCUGGGAGUGGCGGAUUUACAACAGGCCCGACUGCUGCUGCUACUGCGCCAUCCGGAUUUGCUGUCGGACAUCAGAAGGUCCAGCCGGAAAGUGUUUUUCUGCGAUUAUCCAACCGAAUAAAGGCACUAGAGCGAAAUAUGAGCCUGUCGGGCCAGUAUCUGGAAGAGCUGAGCCGUCGCUAUCGGAAACAGGUAGAAGAGUUGCAGCAUUCCUACGCCAAAACACUGCACGAAAUCCAAGAGCAGAACCUCCGCAUGUCCGACAGCGAAACAAAGCUGCGGGAAGUGAACGAACGCUUACGGCAGGAUCUGGAGAACUUUCAGGCCACCGCUACCGAUUGGCGCAACAUAGCUCUGGCGAUGUUGGUGUUUAUCGUAUUAACACUCUUCAUUCUGAUCGCGAUGGUCCGGUCGGUUGCGAACAGCGUUCAUCAGCUCUCGAAUGGACACAAAUUGGACAAGCAACCUGCUCCGCUACCACAGUGCGUCAUUGAUCGGGAGCUGGCACAGGUCGGGUCGGAUGCAAAACCAAUCCGUGGCCGUAUGUUGCGAAGAAAAUCGAUCGAUGGUAUGCCGACGGGAGGUGGUACUGUUGUAGAUGUGAGCGGAGGUACGGUGAGUAGUGCUUCGGGGAUCAUUAUUGGUACUGCAGAAUCUUCAACGAUCGCUACAAGCAUGUCACCGGCACGGUUACGUAAAAAGAGACCAAGUGAGGAGGCACUCAAUAUAAGUGGAACGUACGUAAACCUGCUGAUCGAUGAUGGGGAACCGAUGCCAGCGCAACCGAUUGCUUUGGAGAGGAAAAAAUCAAAACAAAAGCACCGCAAAGUGUCCGCACCUUCGAUGAUAGGUGGGAGCAGUCACGAACCGGCAAGGCGAUCCAUAUCCAUGAUUGAACCACAGGAGCAGCAACAUCGUUGGAGAAUGGGGAUGAUAAAUGGCGAGCGCCAGAGAACGCCCGAGAAGGAAAAUAGUGGUCGUAUCGAUGAGUUGCCGUAUCUGGAGGAUAAUGAUGAGUUUAUCAUUCCGACGGCAAGCGAUCUAUCGUACGAUGAGUAUAUGCCUGGCUCGAACACUUCCAUGGGGGUGGAGGCUGGAAUAACGCCGAACGCGGAUAUGGAGCGGAUGGUAAAUGGGACACCCAGUAGAAACGGUAGUGUGCCACCGCAGUUACUAGCGAGCGCUGGUGACACAACGGAUGGGUUGGAAUCGAAACCGGCCCAAACCAGCAAAUCUUCGCGCCGUCUAUCGUCGCCAGCAUUUUUUAAAAGUUCCCUGUUACGAUCAAGUUUAGGAUCGAAGCGGCGUUCAUCUAAGAAAUCUAUCAAUGGUAACAAUAGUAGUAAUAAUAGCAGUAAAAAUAACACUAGCAGUAAUAGCAGCAGUAGUUCGAACAGUUCCGCACUGAGAGAGCUCGGUGCGGGAGAUGCGGCCGGUUUAAGUGAAAGUAGUGGACGAAAUGUGCAAGACAGUUGGUACCGUUGGUGGUCCUCGGAGCAAAGCAAAGUGCUUUCCUCCUCAACGCCCUCAUCUAGUCAGGAGGUUGCUGCUUUAUCAUCGGACAGCAAACAGCGCCAAAGGGUAGGGAAAGCCAAAUCAGCCAGCCCAACCGAUGGUUCAAAGCAGCCAGCCGUGGAACAGGAACCGGUGAAGCUAUCCGUUUCCUUUAAUGGUGAUCUGCCCGUAAAUGGUAUUGCUGCUGGUGAAAAUGGUUCACUGGAACGAAAGUCAAGCCGGGGCAGUAUACGCCGAUUGUUCCGGAAGGUGUUCUAG